GGAGGAGGAGGGACUGCCUUCACUAUCGGCUCUAUGUGUUGCCGCUCAUGGUGUUCGCACACCAGUGUGUGUCUCAGCCUGCCGGCGCGAGUGAGUGCAUUGCUGUGGAGCUGUGUGUGUGUGGAUGUGUGUGUGACUCCGGCGCUCUCUCUGCGUUGCGACAGGUGGAGAUGACAUGACUGCGCUCGAGAGGAAGAAAGCAAAGGACCUACGUGGGCAGCAAGUGUUUCUGCGUCCCGAGGAAAGUUCAGCCCCGGCUCUGGGCACCAGGCAGUCCACCACGUUGUCCGAACAGCUCCAGGAUGCCUUGCUGCGGCUGGCAGCAGUUGUUGAUGUACGCUCGCUCCGAGUGGCCCUGCGAGACAGCGUUCAGGAGCUGCUCCCCAGCACGGAGUGCGUGUGCGUCUUCGUGCUGGAGGGAGACUCCAGGCUGCUGUGUGACGACCCGCCGUACGAAGUGCCACAGGAGGGGAAGAUCAGGAGUGCUGUGGAGCAGCAGAACCGAUGCGAGUGUGCCGGUUUCCCUCCGUCUGAACUGCCAGAGAAAUACAGGCUCUUCCUCGCUGCACCGUUACCGGCACACAGGAGAGCUCUUGUAGUUCCCAUCUUGGAUCAGGAUCACACCAAGGUCCUAGCCGUCUUACUGGUGGGAUGUGGCCCGCUAUCAGAUCAAGACGAACUGCAUCUGAAUGUGCUGGGAAAACACGCCUCGGUGGCAUGUGUUCGCAUCCAGGCGGUGCAGGCGUCCUAUCAGAGGCCUCCUCUGAGCCCGUCUCCACUGCAGUCCCACAAUGCUCUGCUGCAUCUCAAUGUCUCAGAGCAGGACUACUGCGAGCUAGAUCGCAACAUUCUGCAGCUCUGUGGUGAGCUCUAUGACCUUGAUGCCGCUUCUCUUCAGCUCAAAGUCAUCAAUUAUCUGCAGCAGCAGACCAAGUCUCAGUGUUGCUGUUUGUUGCUGGUGUCUGAGGACAACCACCAGCUAUUCUGCCAGGUGGUUGGAGACAAAGUGCUGGAGGAGGAGAUCAGCUUCCCGCUGAUGUUUGGACGCUUUGGUCAAGUCGUGGAGAAAAAAAAGUCUAUUUCCCUCCAGGACAUCAGCGCUGAAGAACGCAGGCAGCUGUCCAGCAUGCUGGGCUGUGAGAUCUCCUCCAUGCUUUGUGUCCCUGUUGUCAGCAGGGCCACCGGUCAUGUGGUGGCGCUAGCCUGCGCUUUUAACAAGCAGGGCGGACAGAGACAUGCAGAGGCAGACGAACACGUCAUCCAGCACUGUUUCUGCUACACCUCAACAGUCCUCACUUCAACUCUGGCCUUUCAGAAAGAACAGAAACUAAAAGUGGAAUGCCAGGCACUUCUGCAAGUAGCCAAGAACCUCUUCACACACUUGGAUGAUGUGUCAGUGCUGCUACAGGAAAUAAUUGUGGAGGCCAGGAACCUGAGCGACGCAGAGAUCUGUUCAGUGUUCCUGCUGGAUCGGGUUAGCCAUGAGCUAGUGGCAAAGGUGUUUGAUGGCGGUGUUGUUAGCGACGAAGAGAAUGAGUUUCGUAUCCCAGCCGAUCAAGGCAUCGCAGGCCAUGUUGCAACCACCGGUCAGAUUUUGAACAUUAAGGAUGCCUACUCCCACCCUCUCUUCUACCGCGGCGUGGACGACAGCACCGGCUUCAGGACUCGCAACAUUCUCUGCUUCCCCAUCAAAGACGAAAACAACGAGGUGAUUGGUGUAGCGGAGUUGGUGAAUAAAAUGAACGGGCCAUGGUUCAACCGCUUUGAUGAAGAUCUGGCCACAGCUUUCUCCAUCUACUGUGGAAUCAGCAUUGCCCACUCUCUGCUCUACAAGAAAGUCCAUGAAGCUCAGUUCAGGAACACGCUUGCCAAUGAAAUGAUGAUGUACCACAUGAAGGUGUCAGAGGAGGAGGUGACUAAGCUGCUUGUGACUGGAAUCGAACCCGUGAAGGAGAUUCAUCCGUGUUUCGCCGAGUUCACCUACACUCCCCGUUCCCUUCCUGACGACACGACGCCUCAUGGCGUUCUCAGCAUGUUUGAAGAUAUGGGUUUCAUCAACACGUACAAGAUUGACCUGCACACUCUCGCCAGGUUCUGUCUGAUGGUGAAGAAAGGCUAUAGGGACCCUCCAUACCACAACUGGAUGCAUGCCUUCUCCGUCUCACACUUCUGCUACCUGCUCUACAAAAACCUAGGGUUGUCCAACUACCUCGAGGAUAUAGAGAUUUUGGCUCUCUUUGUUUCCUGCAUGUGCCACGAUCUGGACCAUCGCGGCACCAACAAUUCUUUCCAAGUGGCCUCGGUGAGAAUAUCCACUAGAAUUUCUACUACUUUUUUUUAUAUGGAAGCGAUAUUGAAUAGGUACAAUAAUGCAAAAUAAUCAGCCAGAGUGUGG